CUGUGGCUUACGUUUGCUCCCGUGGCUGAUAAGACAGCGAUCUACUUCCACAUUUCCCUGGAGAUGGUCAACUGGCUCUCAGUAGUGUACCUCCUCAUCUCAAUCCCAUUUGGUCUGGUGGCAACAUGGGUUCUCGACAGCCUGGGGCUCAGAUGUGCCGUGAUCCUGAGUGCGUGGCUGAACAUGAUGGGUAGCAUCAUCCGGAUGUUCAGUGUCCUGAAGUUCCUGAACUUGGGUUCCCAGAGGUACUGGUACCUAUUUACUGGGCAAUGCCUCUGUGCACUGGCACAGCCCCUUAUUAUCUUUUCACCGACAAAGUUGGCAGCACUAUGGUUUCCAGACCACCAGAGAGCGACAGCAAAUAUGAUCGCAUCAAUGUCCAAUCCCUUGGGUAUUCUUAUAGCAAAUGUGCUGUCACCUGCACUAGUUCCUGAAGGAAAGCACAUCCCAUUGAUGCUGGGUGUGUAUGCCGUCCCAGCAGUAACAGCUUGUGCUCUGGCAACCGUGGGGAUUCAUGAGAAGGUGCCUCCAACACCUCCUUCGGCCAGUGCCACUACCUCCACCUCCCAGCCAUUCCUCGCAGGGCUCAAAAUGCUCCUGAGAAACAAGCCAUACAUCAUCCUGGCAGUGUGCUUUGGAGGAGGAAUUGGGAUGUUCACCUGCUUUUCAGCUCUGCUAGAACAGAUCCUUUGUGAAAAGGGGUAUUCAAAUGAAUUUGCUGGCCUGAAUGGUGCACUGUUCACAGUGUGUGGCUUGUUGGGUGCUUUCCUGCUAGGCCUGUAUGUUGACCGGACAAGGAAGUUCAUAGAGUCCACCAAGAUUUGUUUCAGUUUGAGUGCACUUGCCAGCAUCGUAUUUGCAGUGACUUCCCGGUUCAGAAACCAGGCUGUAACACUGGCCAUCACCAGCUCACUCUUUGGUUUUUUUGGUUUUGCCAUCUAUCCUAUUGCCAUGGAGCUGGCUGUGGAGUGUUCUUACCCUGUGGGAGAGGGUACAUCUACAGGCCUGAUUUUUGUAGCAAGCCAAAUUGAAGGUGUGAUUUUAAUGAUUCUGCUACAAGGUCUCACUGUCCGUGUUUCUGACGAUCCAUCCUCUACCUGCGCCCUUGGCCAGUAUGGAGCCCUGGACUGGACAACUCCAGUUCUGGUGCUGGCUGGCCUCUGCAGUGCUAUGGCUUGUUUCUACGUCAUCUUCUUCCACACUGACUACAAGCGGCUCUGUGCUGAGACAGACAGUGGUGAUUUGGCUAAGGCAGAAGAUACAGCAACAGCAGAUGUUCCUGAAGCCUAG